UGGCCACACCCUCCUUCACCACUCGCAGCUACAAGCGUAAUGCACAUGCUGACGCUGGCCCGCUCCUGCAGAAAUACUUGGGCAGUUGCUCGCCAGUGUGUGCGUGCCAACAGCACCGCUGCGCCAUCCACUACCACCGCGUUCGCACCGGUCACGCAUGAUCAGGAGCGGUUAUGGGCAUCUACCAUCGUACACGGCCGAAGCAUGCUGGAGCCGUACUGUCAUCCCAAGACACACGGCAUUCCCGUCGCGCUUGUUCACUUCCGCUCAUACUAUCCUGAACUCCUCAAGCUCUUCACGCACUUCACGGGCCACGCCGCAGCGUCGCUGGGCAUCCCCGUCUCAAGAACGGUGCAUUUACCGACACAAAGAUCACUAUGGACCGUCCCAAAGGGCCCGUUCGUGCACAAGAAGUCGCAAGAAAACUUCGAACGCAAGGUGCACAAGCGCGUUAUCAAGGCCUGGGAUGCGGACCAGGAGGUUGUGGACCACUGGAUCAAAUACCUCGAGGAGCACGCGCUGGCGGGCGUAGGGAUACGAGUCGUACGGUGGCACAGGGCACCGGUCGGUAUUGGUGAAACGACAUUGCACAGCGUGAUGGGCCAGAUGCGGCUGCCGGUGACCAGUGUGGAACAGGUGCAGGCUUUGGGCGAAGAGAUCUUGCGGCGAGAACUGUCCGCUGCUGAGGAUGCUGUAGCAGAGGCUGUGAAGGUAGAAUCAUCACCUCAAAAUUCAUAGUGCAGUAUUGUAUUAGAUUCUUAUACCAUUCUGCACGAUUUCAUUCUAUUUCGUUACCUUUAUACUUUCGACUUCAGGCUUGAUCCGUCCAAUCAUAUUGCGCUUUGCUGCGCUGACUAAGCGGC